UUUAAAAGCUCUUGUUAACGGCUAUCAAAAUUAUCAGUUAGAAUUUCAGAAUACCUAUUUUGGAAGACCUGGCAACAAUCGGAAAGUGUCACAUUAUUGUCAUAAAGGCUUGAUGAGUAUAGAG